GUAAUAAACUGAUAUAAAACCAAUCAAGCAGAUGAGUGACAUAUUUAAUAAGCAUGUAGUCAUCGUUGUGCUAAGUUGGGCGUAAACUUAACGUUAAAUUGUGGGAUUGUCGUUUUUUUUCAUUUUACAUAUUAUGCAUGUUUUUGUGUAUUAAGUGUACUUUUAAAUCACAAGGUAUAAAUCUUUAUAAAGUGGAUUUGUAUUUGGUAGAAUGAAAUUAUUUCUAAGUGUGGGAAUGUAUAUGUGAUUUCAUCGGAAACUUCAAGUUAUUUUCGUUAUUGUCUUUAGUUUAGCAAAUACAUAGGAUUCUGUUCGCUACAAUGGCUUGCUGUGAUGAAUUUAAGACAGAAUUUCAAUGCAGAAAAUUCGGAUUAAGUUAUGACAAUCCAAAGAAGUUUGUUCUUUCUGAGUUUGGUCUUAGAAUUUUAUAUCCGAUUUGGACUACAUGUUGGUUGAUGUACCAUUUAGGAUGGAUAUGCUACGAUAUUUAUACUAAGUUUGAAGGAGACAAUAAUGGCGAUCCAGUUUAUUUUUCCAAGCUGACAAACUGGACAUUUAUACUUCUCGUGUUGUCUAAUGUUAUUGAUGUCGUUUCUACAUUAUUUACUCACUGUAGAAGAACUGAUAUUUCCUGCGACAAUCAAGGUGAAACAAUAAAAACUCCUUGGUAUUUACAACUAAGCUGGUUAUUCUUUGAGAUGCAGAACACAGCAGCACUAUUAAUAACGAUACUAUUCUACAGCCUUUUAACUCCAAACUUUACCCCUCUUAGUAUUCAGUAUCAUGCAAUAAAUUCAGUGCAUGUCAUCCUGAACUUUUUUGUGUGUGCUAAGCCAGUUCGAAUAUUACACUUUGUUUAUCCAAGCAUAUACGGAGUAAUUUAUUCAGUGUUUUCGGUAGUGGACCAACUCGGCCUUGGUAACCCCCCUGCGUAUAGUUUUAUUGACUGGACAAAGCCUGAAACUGCUGUUAUUUAUUGUGUUGUAUUGGUAUUUGUAGGAGUUCCUAUAAUUCAUGUGACAUUCUUUGGCCUCUACAAGGUGCGUACAUUCAUCAAAGAAAAGUGUGAUGGUAGUAAUCGCAUAUCCUCUAAACAAAACUACAAUGUCCAUGUAGUAUGUACUUCUUAAAUGUCAUGAGUGUUGUCGUUAGUAUAUUUUGAUUUUAUUCGCAUUAUAGGUCAAUAUUUAUUGUCUCAAUUUUACCUCUAUUUCAAAAGGAAUAAGCAUAAUAAUAACAGGGCGAGAAUCAUUGCAAAUAACGAAAUGCUUCCAUAGUAAUUUUAUUUUAAUUCACCUAUUAUAUUUGAUAUACGUUGUGUUUAUAUGUAUUUCCCAUGGGAUAGCAACAUUUCCUAAAGCAUUUAUGUUAUUAAUUCCCCAAAUUGCAACAUUCCAAAUCAAACAUUGUAUUAAAUCUCUGGUUUCGAUAGUAUUUUUGAAUAUUUCACUUUAUGACUUUAUGAAAUAGUCCUGUUUGAUUAUGGCAACAGGUACAUCAGCAUUCUUCAACUUAAAAUGAAUGAGUUUGUUUGAAAACAUAGCGAGAUUUCAAUAGAAUUGCAUGCUUUGGUUAGGGAUUUCUGUUGACUUGAAGAGUCCCCAAAUUGUCCUGAAGUUUCUGUCAUGCAAGUGUGAGAUUGAGCAAACUAUAAAACCUUGACAUAAUUUUCUAAAAGGAUUCAAUGGUUCAAGGAAGACAAUGGUCAAACGCCAGUUAUUUAGAUUCGCCGACGAAUCUUUCGUAAUUAUACUAAACGCGCUUCUGGCGCACAACACUAUAAGGCUGGUUUUAUUGAUGAUUUUUUUUAUGAUCGUUAUAGACUGGUUCAUCAUUAACUAAGCAGUAGAUAUGAACAUUGCAUUUUUUAGAUUAUUCGUCAAAUUUUUGUAUUCCUUAUUUUUAGUACUAGCAUUUUUUUUUAGUACGAGAAUUUUUAUUUUUGUCAGCAUUUUGUU